AUGGACUCCAUGGAAGCUUGUUUCAGCCACCUGCGUCAACGUGACACCAGUGUGGACAUGCUGCGGGUGAAGAUGUUUCGGAGACGGUCGCAGUCCCAGAAGGAGAACCGAGACAAGGCCCUGAACAGCCACAGACAGCUUGACAAUCUCCCCGAGUUGGAAUGUUCUCAACUGGACAUGUCGGUUGCUGAAAAUGUGUCAGUAGUUCAGGGAAAUGUACUGAAUGCAAAACAAGUGAAAAACGCUGCAGUGGAGGAGCGAAUGAAAAAGCUUGUCCGCUACAAAGAGAAGAAGGAGCUUGUGAAGGAGAAAGAGAAGAGGGCAAGGGAGAAGAAGGGGGUGUUCAAGGUUGGGCUGUACCGGCCAGAGGCCCAGCCCCUGGUCCCUCUGCCGCAGGCCUCAGCUGCCACAAUCAAAGCCAGGAAGACCUUGUUCAUCCAGCUCCAGAACCUGUCUCAGCCCAGGCCAACCGCAUCCCACAUUCAGCCCCCACCUUGUCCUCCUUCGCCCCCCAGGGCUUUGUGUUCCAGGCCCCAGCAGGCCUGUCCUCCUUCAACCUCAACCCUCUCACUCCCCGCUCUGCAGACUCCUUUUUCAAACCCAGUGUCUCAGUUCUACACCCUGUUCCACUCUGGCCCUCUGAUAACCUGGUGCCCAAAAUGGAGCUCAGUGCUCUCUCUCUCUCCUGCCAAGUCCCCUGCUCACUCCCCACCUCGCCCUUCUCCUACUCUGGCCCCUCGGUGUCUUCCGAGUCCCAAGGAAGCAGAGCAUGAUUUGCCCUACUUCAGGUCAGUGGUAGUCAGUGAGACAGAGAGGCUGACAGAACUUUGUCAGCAGUGGGAGCCCAGGGUGGAUGAUGCCUCUGUCCCUGAAGAGAUGUGUGACCGUAUGUGUACGGCGGUGGGCCAGACCAGGCUGCUGAUGAAGGAGAGAUUUGGUCAGUUCUCUGGCCUGGUGGAUGAUGAGCUUGGCAGAGGAGAGAAGACCACCUGCACUGACCUGCAAGGCUUCUGGGACAUGGUGUACUACCAGGUAGAGGACGUGAACAAGAAGUUUGGUGCUCUGAAGGAGGCAGAGUCUAAAGGUUGGCAGGAGGAAAGCAAACCCCCACCACGACAGAGGAAGGUGGUCAAGAAGCUGCCCUCUGCUCUGGUGGCUAAGCCUGCCAGUGGUGCUGUCGCCAAGUCUCGUCUGGCUGCCAUCAAGGCUGCAAUAAAGGUCAAGCAGCAGGCUGCAAAGGCAGCACUGUGGACGACCCUGCUCCAGCUCCCAAGGACCCCCAGGUGGAGACCCAGGCCCCAGAACCACCGGUGGUGGUGUUCCAGGGAGGCUUCUUCCAGGUGGAGAGUCCUGCCAAACUCACAGGCUCUGUGAAGAGAUCCACCCAUGUAUCUGCCAUACCUCAGACAUCUCCCUGUUCAGUCACCAAGUUCUCCAUCCCCGGAAGAACCCGCCACUCCAACACUGCUGCAGCUCCACACGCCUCCCCUCUCCCCCACCUCACCCAUACCACUACCUGCUCCACCCUCGCCCUUGCUCACCCCACCCUCACGACUGCCUGCUCCACCCUCACCUGUUCCACCCUCACCCCCGCCUGCUCCACCCUCACCUGUUCCACCCUCACCCCCG